AUGCAGGGUUAUUCAUUCGCGCCCCCAUCUGGUCCCUCAAAGGAGGGUCAUAAAAACUAUGUGUUUGUGGAUGAGCACAACAGACACAAACGCUUGAAGGUGAUGCGGGCUUGUAACGGCUGUAGGAAGAGGAAGAUCAAAUGCGAUGCAGCUACAACAAAUACAUGGCCUUGCUCCGCGUGCACCCGUUUGAAGCUAGUAUGCGUGCCUCCCACUGUCGGACAGGAUUCUGAAUUUCCCACUGGGCAAACUGUUGAAGCCGACCCAACAGGCCCUCUAGGCGCACUUAGUACACAGCAGCCCUCUCACCAUGCUUUCCCCAUGUCUCAGACUUUUCGAGAUGGCGGCCAAGUACCGAUGGGGAGUAUUCAACCUUACAAUGACGGAAUGGGCGUGUUCUCUCAAUUCAUGCCGCCCCCUCAUAGCCAACCUGGUAUUUAUGGUGAUGUCCGGUCGCCGCCCAUCGCAGAGCCGCAACACCACUACCAGCAGCCGCAGAUGUUUUCUGCACCCCAAACACAGCAGCAAUCUCUGGGGACUCCAGACAAUAGCUUGUUUCUCGAAAACGACCAGUCUACUGCGGAAAACCUCAGUGAGGUACUUGGUGAGCUGAAGAUUGACGAGACUGGUAUAGCACCAUAUAUCAGACAGCAGAGACAAGAUCGGUCAGAACCGGAAGUCCCUAUUCAAGACGAUGCAGAGGAAAGACUGCCGCCACUUAGCACAGGCGCAGGGUCUGCAAUUCGAAUCCCGCCCGAACUUAUGCCACCCGAUGACGAGGUGAUGAAUUACUUCAAAACAUAUUUCGAUGACAUUCAUCCCUAUGUCCCAGUGGUUCACCGGUCUCACUUGUAUUAUCAAUGGCAAAAUGACCGAAGUUCGAUAUCCCCUCUCCUCCUUGAAGCAUUAUUUGCAUGUGCGGGCAGACUGUCAGACGACCCGGCACAGGGAGCCCAGUGGCUUGCAUUGGCGAACAGGCAUGAAUCUAGCUUUAUGGAUGUACCGCGUCUGAGUACAAUCCAGGCAAUGCUGCUGUUACUGAAAGCUAGAGAAUCGUUGCCGAAAAAGGGCUACUAUUAUAGAUCUUGGCAGACCGUGAAAACUAUAGUCUCCAUGGCGAAGGAUUUAGAUCUCCAUGAACAUUACAGUGGUCAUGCGGAAGGGCGGCCCUGUGAUUUGCAACCAGUGGAGUGCUUGGUACAGACAAGGGUGUGGCAGGCCUUGCUUGUCGUCGAAGUCAUGAUUGGAGCACCGCAGGGCCGUUCUGACUAUGGUGUGGACCCGGAGACUGUGGACAUGCGGCCACUGUUGGAUAUUAAAGGCCUUGACCAGUUCGAGAUUGACCGUUCUCGACAGUAUGCUUACUUUGUUCGGAAUGCCAACCACAUCCGCAUCAUCACCGACAUAUACCACAAGAUCAAAAAACAACGAGACUGGGGUGCCGACCCCAGAUUUGUUGAAAAGAAUCCCCUGUUUACAAAUUGGCUCCACAGCAUGCCCCCGGACUUGCAGGUAAAUUAUCCCGCCGAUGGAUCGCCACCCUGGAUACCAUCGCACUUUGUUGCAAAUAUGCAUUCGCAUUGUCACUUAGGGAUUAUAUUACUCCAUCGCCCCCAAUUAAUCGCAUCCAAGUCUUUCUCUGCCGGAGGAAGCUGGAAAGGGCACUUUGGAUUAUGCUACUCCUCAGCAAAAUGUCUAUGUAGGCUUCAGGAAGCCAUACUGGCCAGUUACGGCCUCUCGGGACUAUUAUUUAUGCAAAGGGGCAUUAACUUUGCUAUUUAUUGCAUCUUGACCUGCACGAUGUUGCAUCUGAUCGCAAUAACGUCCCCUGAUCCGCAUUUUCACACGGAUGCGAGAGAUUAUUUUACACGGCACAUGCGUAUCCUCGAACAGUGCUCCGCUGCUUGGCCUAUGCCAGAGAUCCAGGCACAGAUUGAUUCUCUGCGUCUGGCGUUCUCUGCGGAUGUCAGCCGCCCAUUUGAGUUAAAAUCCACGUUUCCAUAUGGGAGUCCAUCCGAGCCAUAUCACCCGAGUCCCCCACCGUUCGACUCGUCACAAUAUACUCCACCGUUGAAUCAUCUCACGGGAAGCGUUCAGAGCAGAUCCGAUUCCUCCCAACUACAGCCCCUGGGAUUGAUGACGCCUCACCCAGUAUCGAACCCCUCGAUGGAAGCUCCGCUGGUGGAUGAAAACAGUUGGGAUCCAUCGCGCAUCAUUAAUCAAUGGGAAAUGGCAUUUUCGGUUGAUCCGUCCACUGUCAGCGCGAAUUCACCACCAAUGAACCUAAGCAACUCCGUGCAGGGCAUGCAGCCACCCCUACAGACUCAUUAUCCUGUCCAAUACGGGUCACCGGCCAAGGUGGCUUCAGUCACGCCACCCCAAUCCAUCUCCCAACCCCAGUUUAGACAUUCGAUGAUCACAGCCCGUGACUGGCAGCAGAGUGUUGCCAGUGUGUUUGAUCCCCAUGGUUUGAAGAGGCGGUGGAACUAUUCUGUUGACAUGGGAGUGGAAAAUGUGUCAAAGCGGCAGCGGUGA